UUCCUUUUGUCUUUCUGUUGUCUCUGCCUGUUCGAUGUUUAUCAAUUGCUACGUCCGCGGCCAGCGGUAACCAUGAUACUACGAGCUACCGGUCGCAAUGUUUCGCAUCCUCGAAUCGCAGGCCCCGGCCAAACAAACGGCCACCGAUACAAUCAAUACUCUGAGCAGUAGACUGCAGAGUGCGACGCUGUUGGAAGACCGUCGGGCAGCUAUCCAAGGACUGAGGAGCUUUGCAAAGCUGUAUCCUGCCUCUGUCGCCUCUGGUGCGCUGCGACCGUUGAUUAGCGGUCUCAGAAAUGACCGCGAAGAUGUGGACACAAUUAAGGUGGUCUUGGAGACCUUGUUGAACCUGUUUUCGCCGGACGAGAAUAGUCCCGAAGCCUCGGAUGAGAUAGCUCUGUGGCUGUCCGACGAGUUCACGCAGCGUCAAGACAACAUCACCGCCCUCCUCGACCUCCUCGAUACUCGAGAAUUCUACUCUCGCCUAUAUUCCCUGCAAUUGAUGUUCCAGAUUUCGAGCGCGCGACCGGAAAGAACGCAGGAAUGUAUUUUGACGGCGCCGCUGGGCAUUCCGAGGCUAGUCAGUGCUUUGGGAGAUGCCCGAGAACCAGUCCGGAAUGAGGCUCUGUUGCUCCUAAUCGCCCUUACCCCGGCAUCUGAGGAAUUCCAGAAGCUUGUCGCGUUUGAAAAUGCGUUCGAUCUCGUAUUCUCUCUUAUUGAAAAUGAGGGUGCCUUGACGCAUGGGUCCGAGGUCGUCGAAGACUGUCUCUCUUUGCUCGCCAAUCUCCUGAGACUCAAUAUCUCCAACCAGUCAUACUUCCGGGAAACGGGUUGUGUCAAGAGAGUAGCAAAGCUUCUCUCCGAUGUCAACCAAGAACAGGACUCUGGUGAACCUGCUCCUCAGUGGACUCUUGCCCAUCGCGAUAAGAACAUCUGGGGCUUUCUGGUUAUAAUCCAGCUGUUCCUAGUCCGCGGUGGAAUCAAUACACCGGCCAAUCAAAAGGCGUUUUGGAACAAUGGCGUCAUGGAGCAAGUGUUAAGUGCUGCUUUUAGCCAAAGGUUCAGCGUCAAUGUCACGUCCAAGGCGUUGGCUACAAUUGCGGAUCUCAUCAGAGGAAAUGAGCCUUUGCAAGAAAAGUUCGGUGACGUCGAGGUCUUCUGGGGCGUCAAGCCAGUCGAGGGCGCCGUGAACGGCGAUGCAGCGGGCAAAGAAUUCCAACGCAUCAAUGUGAUGGAGGCUCUGCUCAAGCUUACACUUGAACCUGCCACUAUUCAACUUCUCGACGCACGCCUUGCUGCCUGUGAAUGCAUUAAAGCCUUUUUCGCUCACCACUCCGGAAUUCGCGUUCACGUUUUGCGAAGAGCCAUUGAUGGCCACAUCAGCGGACAGGAUGAAAUUCCAAACAUCUUGUCGGUCUUGCUUACCCCGCCAGAACUGCGAGGGAAUGCCGAUCCAUAUCAGACGUGGAUGGCCUCUGUGUUGAUGUUCCAUCUGCUGUUUGAAAAUGCUGAAGCUAAGGCGAUUGCCAUGGAGGUAACCGAGGGUGAUGCCGAAAGUGGCGAAGAAGUCAUCACCUGUAUCCAAACAAUCGUGGGCAACCUGGUCACUGGCAUUCAACGGGGAGACGACGAAAGAAUUACCCUUGGGUAUCUCAUGUUGCUAUGUGGGUGGCUCUUUGAGGAGCCGGAUGCUGUGAACGACUUCCUCGGAGAGGGGAGUAGCAUCCAAACGUUGCUACAAGAAAUCAAGCAUCGGGGUUCUCCCUACGUGCUCCUGACCGGUCUUUGCACCGUUCUGCUUGGAAUAGUCUAUGAAUUCUCAUCAAAAGACUCCCCGAUUCCUCGCAAGACUUUGCACAAGCUGUUAAUCGAACAGCUAGGGAGAGAUCAAUUUAUUGAUAAGAUCACGCGGUUCAGAGAAUCUCCCGCGGUUCGUGAUUUCGAAGUCCUACCACAGACAGUGGCCGGACAAUUUGAAGCAGGGCUUCCCGAGAUCUACUUCGAUCGCACAUUCAUUGACUUCUGCAAAGACAACUUUGGUCGCCUGACUCGUUCAAUUGACCGCGAGCCUGGUCUUGAGGUUUCGGUCAUCACCAAUGGUGUUGAGAGAGGGGUUUCGCGUGAACUGGUUGACUCUCUCAAGACGGAACUUGAGGACCGGACCCAAUCGAUACAAAAACUGGAGUCUGACCUUAUUGCCUUGCAAAAUAAAUUGGAGCAUGAGCAACUUGAUCACAGGAAAUCCAAAGAGUCAAGCACUAUGGAGGCCUCCAAGAUCAAGCAGAUCAACGAUUCAUUGCAGAAGAAUCACGAACAGGAGCUAUCGACAUUGAAGCAAGAGCAACAGCGCGAAAUGAAUGAGCUCAUGAGACAGCAUGGCGAUCAGCUGCGAGCCAUUGAUAAUCAACUCCGAGUUGCCUCCAACGACCAUGAAAGAAAAAGCCAGAAGAUGAGAGAGCACCACGAAGCCGAAGUUGCCGAAUUACAGAAACGAAUCCGGUCACUGGAAUCGGAAUUCUCACGCGCCGGGGAACAAUAUUCGGGCGAGGUGGCUGGUCUCAAGACGACCAUUGAAAGGCUGAUGUCAGAUGCCAACAACCUGAAGGAGCAGCAUGCCGUUGAAGUAUCGAACUUGAAAGGAACAAUUCUGCAGCUCGAAUCCAACACUGACCAGAGCAACAAGCAACACUCGGCUGAAGUCUCGGACCUGAACAAGAAGAUACAGAGUCUGCAGGCAGAGGUUGAUGCGGCUAAACAGCAGCAUGAAACCAAGCUUGCGGAUCUUACAUCGACGAAUACAUCUCUCCAGGCCGAGCUUGAGUCAGUAAGGCAACAGCAUGAAGCUCAAAUUACGGAGCUCACCUCUACUAAUGAGUCAUUGCAAUCGAAGCUUGACUCUGGAAAACAGGAGUACGAUGCGCAGCUUGCGGAUCUCCAGUCCAAAAACGACAGUUUACAAUCGGAACUUGAUUCUGGGAAGCAACAGCAUGAAAAUGGGGUUGCAGAUCUCAAAACUCAGAACAAGUCUUUGCAAACGGAGCUUGAUGCCAUCAAAAAGCAGAAGGAGUCUGAGAUCGCCGAUCUCAAGUCUACAAACGAAUCGUUACAGUCACAACUUGACGAAGCCAAGAAGGCCUCGACGCAGGACACUCAAGCCAUGCAUGACGAUUACUCCUCCAAGAUUUCUGCCUUAGAAAAACGAGCGGAAGAGGCAGAAAAGAAAGCGAAGAAGGUCGAAGACGAUGCACGCAAAUCCGCCCAGACACUGGAGGAGGCCCAAAAGGCUCUUGAGAAAGCCAAGUCGGAAGCCAAAGAAAAGGAAGAAGCUCGCCAGGCAGCACAGUCUGAACUGGAAGAUCUCCUCAUUGUUUUUGGUGAUCUAGAGACCAAGAGAAAUGAAGAUAAGAAACGUCUCAAAGAUCUCGGGCAGGAAGUCUCGGAUGAAGACGACGACGACGAGGAUGAGGAUGAGGAUGAUGAUUAGCGUGGACCAUGACAAAUUUGCAUAGUUCUGAAUAUACCGGCCAUAAAUCUUGUUUCUAUUUGAAUUAGCUUAGAAUUGUUCAUUACUCCCACUCAAGAUUACUGAUGGGAGGGUUAUUAUUAGCUGAGAAAAGCUAUAUUCUAUUGAU